CGUUUGCCGGGGCACAAACACAAAUUCUCGAUUUGUCGGAUCGCGUUUGUCACUGACAAUGUGACAAGUUCCUGGCGCAAACAUAAAAAAAAAUUCCUAAGCCAAAACUCGUACAGAAUGAAUUCCGCAUUUGCAUUGCUUGUGCUAAUCACUGGUCAACUUUUGUUGGCUUCCAGUGGAGUUCAAGCUGAUCGCUUCUUUGCAGUUGGCGAACGCGUCGAUGGCGAUCAAUUGCUGCUCAAGGAUGUGCAGCAAUCGCGUCCUGCCGGCAACGGAGACAUAGCUGCAGUUGUCUUCAAUUACAACAUUGAGGAGCCAAUAACAUACAUUGAAAUCACAUCAGAGGAAAACAUUUCCGCCGAGGUGCAAUUCAGCUAUUCUGAUGUGCUCGUCGUGGGUCGAAUUCGACUUGUUAAAAUCAAUGCUUCGUACAAUAUUGAGAAACUUGACGACGACGAUGAUGAGGUCCAAGAUAUGUAUGCAGCUGAAAAAACUGAAUUCGAUGUGAUCAUUCGCAUCUAUGGUUUCAAUAAUACCAAACUUAAUGUUGAUCCAGCGCUGGUGCUGAAUCGCGGCACACAACAUAAGGGCCUAAUGCAGCCCCUUGAAAAUGAUGAGGACGAGGAAGCGGAUUUGGUUGGGGACUACGCGGAUGUGGAAGACAGUAAGGAUCUGCUAAGUGACAAGAUCAUUGAGAUUGGGGAGCGUCAAAAAGGUGACGAUUUAAUCUAUCAACUGAUGCAGACAUCGUCCCAGGAUGGAGUUGGCAAUCACUCUGUGACCUUCUACUACGUUGACAGGGAUUACAUUACCUACGUCAAGUUUAUACUGUUCAAUCACUUUGACAAUAAGGUCAACAACACGCCGUACACAGCGCCCGUGGUCGAGUAUAGUCAUUAUACGCCCACCACGAUGAAGGCAACCAUCACGGACUACAAUGUGAAGAGCCUCUUUGCCCAAAUGUUUAUGUACGGUUAUCGUGGCCCUGGAAAAGCGCCUCAACAUUACAAGCCCUACCUGGAAGAGACGAUGAUGCAACUUAGAAGUCCCAGCCCCGACAGUUCGUUGACUCCCUUUCAGCACACACAGGUGCUACUUAUCAUGGGUGGCACAACAAAAGCACCAUUGAAUGAUGAUAACGAUGACGGCGAUGAUGACGAUGAUGAUGAUGAUAACAAUCCAAGAAUUGUUCAGAUCCGACCAGAGGAUAUGAAGCUCGAUCAUACGCCAGGCGCAAGGAGCGUUGCAAGUCCGUCUGGAGUCGAGAGACAGUUUGCGAUGAAGCAUAACAUUUAUGCUCUGCUUGUCCUAAUGCUGUUUGCUGUUGCAUAAUUUGCUGCACACACACACACCCACAUUAGUUUAACCAUUCGAAGAAAAAAAAGCUUUAUUUGAAGUAGUAGAAGAGAAAGAGAGUAUAUUGCCACCCACACACAUUCUUUACACAUUGUAAUAUUUAACCAAAUAAACCUAUUAAACCUUUAGGCAAGUUAUCACACACA